AUGGCCUUCAAUGGCAACAACCUCAGUCCCAAUGGCUACCCCGCGAGAAGCGCCUGGUCCUCGUCCGGCCGCACCCACGGCCGCCAAAAGAGCCUCGGCGAUGCAUUCCGAACGAUUCGAGCCAGAAAUGGAAGCAUGAGCCAAAAUGCCCAUGAAAUCGCCGAUGCGCUACGAGCUCCAGUGUCCCCAAAGCUUGUCGUUCUCUGCUUAAUGUGGUACACGUCGUCUGCUCUGACGAAUACGUCGUCAAAGUCCAUCCUCAACGCCUUCAACAUGCCCGCAACGCUGACGCUGAUUCAAUUUGCGUUUGUGUCUUCGCUCUGCGUCUUUCUCUCCUGGCUGUCCGGCAUCUUCCCUGUUCUUCGCACAAACAUCUCUGCGUUACGGCACCCCAUCCGCCAACCCAGCAGGGAAGUCAUCAUGACAACGCUACCCCUGGCCAUGUUCCAGAUCGGCGGCCAUCUCCUCAGCUCGACUGCGACGGCCAAAAUACCUGUUUCGCUCGUUCACACGAUAAAGGGCCUUUCGCCGCUCUUUACCGUGCUCGCCUAUAGACUGAUUUACAACAUACGAUACCCCACGGCAACCUACCUCUCCUUGAUUCCACUGACGUUAGGAGUCAUGCUGGCCUGUUCCAGCGAACGAAGCUACGGUGGCCAACUCCUCGGUGUGCUGGAAGCGCUCCUGGCGACCCUCAUCUUCGUAACGCAAAACAUCUUUUCGAAAAAGCUCUUCAACGAAGCCGCGAAAGUCGAGUCUGAGGGUGGUGGCGUUCAAUCCAGGAAGCUCGAUAAGCUCAAUCUGCUGUGCUACUCGUCCGGUAUGGCUUUUGCCCUGACUAUGCCGAUUUGGUUCUGGACGGAGGGCAUCACUCUUCUAAAGGACUUCCUCCACGACGGCUCAGUAGACCUCAGCGAGCUACCCAAUUCGAUGGACCAUGGCCGCCUGACGUUGGAAUUCAUCUUCAACGGCAUCUUCCACUUUGGACAAAACAUCAUUGCCUUCAUCCUCCUCUCCAUGGUAUCUCCAGUCACAUAUUCCGUCGCCAGUCUCAUCAAACGCGUUUUUGUUAUUGUCAUGGCCAUCAUCUGGUUCAGAAGCCCAACAACCUCCGUCCAGGCAGUGGGUAUUGCCCUCACCUUCCUAGGUCUCUAUCUCUAUGACCGCACCAGCGAAAGCAACAAGGCCGACCGAACCGCACGAAUGAUGUCCGAACCACGGAAUGGAACGUCUUUGUUGCCACUCACCGAGGUCCCUGCGCAGACGGGUCGGUAUCGUGCAUCCCCUCAGCUGAGGAGCGGUGCGUUCCAAUCAUGAAGGGGCAAAAGUUGUCAGUAGUUAUCUCUUUGGCGGAAAAAAAAAGUUUACACAAAGAAUGCUUAUUUCUCUGAAAUGCGAGAUUCGAUCGGUUAAUGCAACUCAAUGUCGAAUUAUAUGGGAUUCUCUUUCUUGGCUAGAUAAAUAGCGGGGAAUGUUUUCUUUCUUUCAAAUGCUGUUUCCAUGUUUGUCAUCUCUACAUCAAAAUCUCCUUUGGGGAUUGGGCUGAAUCAAAAUGCUAUCAAACGGGAGAAAGGAAAAUCGUUUAGACUAGAUGUCUUGAAAUAUUCCUGUAAGGGAAAAAAAGGGGGAUAUUAUUAGAAAGGAAUGUGUACAUAGAAAGGGCACUUAAUGAAUAUGCCCCAGGUGUAACAAUAUGAAGCAAACUUGCAACCUG